AUGGAUUCCAAAUCUAUUGAUAUUGUUUUGGAUAAAGCACGUGAACAUAUUAACAGCCAAAAGAAGAUUUAUCGACUCAAAAAUCGUGAAAUUGUAAAACGACUUGUAGAUAUUAUAAUUUGCAUUUGUAUCGGUGGUAAACCAUUGUAUGGAUAUACAGAAAAAACACAUGAUGUUCACAAAGGUCCUUUUCUUGAUAUUGUUAGUCUUCUAAGAAAAUAUGAUUUAUUAUUUAAUGAACAUUUCAUAUGUGGACCAAAAAAUUGUUUUGACAUCAUUAAUUAAUUUAGUAAUUAGAAAACAGCUACAAGAUAAUAACUGAUAGAAAAAUUUCUUUAAUAGCUGAUGAGACAAGUGACAUAGAUCAUCAUGAGCAAUUAUCUAUUGUUUUACGCUACUUUGAUGAAACCACAAAAUUGUCCAAUUGAACAGUUUUUAUGUUUAUAGCUAAUGAAAUUGGUUGAUGCUCAAAGUAUUUUUAAUAAAAUAACUGAUGUCGUUCAAGAAUAUGGAAUUAAAUGGGAAAAUGUGGUAUCAAUUUGUUUUGAUGGAGCAUCAAUGAUGUCUGGGAGUAAUGGAGGAGUGCAAGCAAAAUUUAAAGAAAAAAAAAACCGUUCAUUUUGUGUUCAUUGUUACAGUCAUUGUCUAAAUCUUGUUCUAGUAGAUUCUAUUGGAGACAUAAUAUAGUAACUUUUGAUUUCUUCAGUUACAUACAAUUUAUAAUUUCAUUGAAGGCAGCUGUACUCGACAUGCAGUAUUGUAGGCCUUCGAUAAGCAAAUCGCGAAUUUCAUGUCAGAAUAAGAACAGAUAUAUCACAAAUACAUAAUGUUAAGGCUGGAGUUCCACAGGGAUCUGUGCUAGGACCAUCUCUAUUCAAUAUCUACUGUCAUGAUAUACCAACACCGCAACACUGCCAUCUAGCAAUGUUCGCAGAUGACACUGCAAUAAUAACGCAAAACCAAACUCUUGAAUCUUCAAUAAGAGACCUACAAAGCUCCCUAGAUGAACUAUCCCUCUGGUUCUCAAAAUGGAAACUAACACUAAACCCAACCAAAAGCGAAGCAAAAAUAUUUACACUCAGAAAAUACAUAAAUCCGACCCUACUUCAAAUANACCCCCUAUUAAAUCAUAGCUCUACCAUACAAAUGAAAUGCUCUCUACUCCUUUACACAGCAAUAAUAAGACCUUUAGUAACCUAUGCAUGCCCAGUAUGGGCAUCUGCCUCCAAAACAAAAAUUAAAAAAUUACAAACCCUCCAAAACAAAUUCCUAAGAAUAGCCCUAAAGGCCCCUUGGUUCAUGAGAAAUAAACAAUUGCACAACGAUACAGGCAUGAGAUCCACAAAUCUAAGACUCAAACCUCGGCUACCUCAGGACAUCCUACUAGAUCCCAAUGAACACACCUCAACCUCAGACUCUGAUCCAGACUAA